AUGAUGAGUAAUAACCCUUACAACCGCGGCUUGACCGUCGGUGGUUCAGCGCUCGAGAAGUCGAAGUUGCAACUCCGACGUCCCACCCCUGACAGCGAUGUCUUGGCGUCCAGCGACGACGACCGCGAGCAUGUGCCAGUCGUUACUCGCCCUGCGCAAGGCUCCUACCCUCUCGGUGUUCGACGUCCCUCUUCUGGUUGGCUCCAAGAUAUCCAGCCCAACCGGAAGUUCUCGCUGCCCUCGGUGUCGUUUGCCGGCUCGCAGCCCACAACACCGUCACUCGAGUUGCCCCAGCAGUCCCGUCCGUCCACGUCGUCGUUCCCCUGGAACACGCCUAGCUUCAACGGUUUGAAUCGACCCAACAAAGAGAUCGCUCCCUCCCCUACUUCUGCUUUCGCACCCACCGACAAGCCUAUUCCCUCCCCCACCACAGUUGAAGGCGACGACGGUAACGGUAUUGGCUUUUUGCUCAACCAACAAGCUCCCAAUCCCUUCCGCAAGGCUGUCCGUUCCCAGUCCUAUAGCAUAGGUCAAGGCGAUAUCGAGCACAGUCCUGUCAGCCGUUUCUCGCGUCAGCCUAACACCAGCGCAAAUCUCCGCCACCGACCCUCCAAGCCCAGCCUCCUUGGUGAGUCCGCUGUCGGCCUUUCGCAACUGCGUGAAGACGACGCCGACGAGAUCGAGUCCUCCAACGGCUCAGAGCACGGAGUCCGCCUGCCCGCCGGUUACUGGGAGCGUGAGCAGAAGCAAGCCUUGCUCAAACAAGCCGCCAUGGAGAACGCUCGCGCCCGCAGCAGGGCUACCUCCACUGGCUCCCCUGUCUCCCAGCUUCAGCAGCAGCGCCGCAAGACGACUGCCGGUCUGCGCAACACCUCGUACAACGCCGCCGGUGAGUAUGCCAUCGAAGAGCUCGACGACACUGAGCCUGCGGUCAACCGUCCUGCCCCAGGCCUUACCCGUCGCUUCAGCGAGCACGUCGGUGUCCUCAACCGUGAUCACGAAGUCGAGAUCGUGGACAGUCCUCAGAAGCCCCAGUGGACCACAGGCAACAUCUCACCUGCUGAGAUGGACCCCCUCGGCCGCCGUCAUUCGUUCGCCCACUACGGUAGCUACAACUCAGCCAUGCCGCUCUCAACCUUGAGCAACACUCAGGAAGAAGAGGAGGAGUACGUCUCACCCCGCCAGAGCCCACGUGGCAACAAGGACGACGAGCCCUUCGACGCCUCUGCCUACUUCACUGGCUACGGCCCGGCCUCGCGCGCUAUCAACUCCUCCGCCAUCUCGGCAGCUCACCCCGAUCCUGUCGUGCCCAACAUGGCCAUGUCUGCUGGCAACCCCUACGCGGUCCCUCCUAGAAUCGGAAACCCCACCCGCCGCUUGUACAUUGUCACCUUCAAGUGCUCUCGUGCCGACAUCUACUACCUUUACGACAACACCGGCCUCGAGAUCCGUCGUGGCGACCUUGUCAUCACCGAAGGCGACCGUGGAUGCGACCUGGGCCAGAUCACUCAUGCCGACUUGACCAUGGAGGAGGCUAAGAAGCUCAAGGUUGAGGCGAACGAGGAGCACUUCCGCUGGCUCGUCAUGUUCUCUCAGUACUCCCUGGCCGGCACCCAGAACGACUCCGGCAUGCUCGGCGCCCUCGCCCGUGCUAAUGGAUUCCCGAACCCCAUGAGCCGUACCCCAGUGACUGCUUCGGGUGAGCCUGAACCGUUCAAGCCGAAGAUGAUCAAGCGUCUUGCUCAGGCCCAUGAGAUCUCUGCGCUACGUGAGAAGGAGGGUGGAGAGGCCAAGGCCAAGCGUCUCGGAGCUCAGAAGGCCGCUGACCACAAGCUGCCUAUGGAGAUCCUCGAUGCUGAGUACCAGGCUGAUUACCACAAGCUCACCUACUUCUACUACGCCGAGUCGUAUGUCAACUUCAACGAGCUCGUCACCGACCUGUUCAAGCAGUACAAGGUGCGCAUCUGGAUGUCGGCUGUCAACCCUGCCUCCGUCGUCAACCCUGCCGGCAUGUCCCAGAUCCCGCCGCCUUCUGCCAUCGGUCCUGGUGCUAUCAUCACAUCCAACAGCGGCAAUGCUUCUUCCUCUGUCGGCCCUGGCUUCGGCUCCAACACCCAUCGCCCGGCCCAGCAGUACGGUCAAGCUCGCACCCAGGGCAACUACGGUAACUACGACGACGGCUUCCACGCGUUCUCCCACCAGAUCCCGGCCUACCCUACCCAGCCCUCAUACAACAUGCAGCCUUGGGCCCAUGGUCAGCAGAUGCAGCAGCAGAUGUACCGUAACUACUACCCCAACGUCACUGCGAGCGGCAGCCCGAUGAACUAUGGAGCUGGAGCCUACUAUCCGCCUUCGACUUACACUUCGUCAUACGGUGGAGGGUAUGGGCCUGCUACAACUACUGCUGGAUACGCUGCCUCGCGCAACUACACCUCCAGUACCGGCCACGCCUUCGGUCAUCAGCAUCACAACGCGUACAACGGUGGCGCUUCGUACUCUGCUGGCGGUGGCUACACCAACGCCUACGCCAAUGCCCAGUACACCUCAGCUGCUCCUGGAGGAUACUAUGGCGCCUCAGGAGGACGUGGUCGCCCCAACACUGGCGCUGACAGCACCUUGAAUGGUGCCAUGCACAACUUGUCUUUCGGUAACUGA